AUGGCGAAGUAUUACGGUGACAUCGCGAAGACGGCGAAGGAUUUGCUCUCGGGUGGAUUCAAUUAUGAUCAUAAGUUUGCCUUUGACACGAAGGCGGCUGGAACGGGCGUGUCGGGCUCCGUCACGCAAAAGGGUGAGGCGGUGAGCGGGGACAUCAAGGUGAACGCGACGGUCGCCGAUCAAGUUCUUGACAUCGAAUUGAACCAAGAUGCCAAGGCGAAGGUGACCGCGACGUUUCCGUCCGUCGUCCCCAACGGGAAGCUCUCCGUGGGCGGCACGGUGCAGGACCUCGAGAGCUUCAAGCUCUCCACCUCGGUUCUCGCCGGUCCGUUCGGAAUCAAGGCUGACGUCAUCAACUACGCCGCGCCGAAGUGCGAGGCGAGCGUGUGUUACGCCCUCGGCAGUGGCGUCGCAGUCGGCGCCACGACCACGUUGAAGGCGGCUUCCCCGCUGGCGUACACCAUCGCCGCGCAAUCCAAGCAAGGCGACAUCACGUACGCGCUCACCGCGGCGGAUCAGCUUAAGACGUUCAAGAUCAGCGCGGUGGCUGGGUUAGACAACAAGCAAACUGUCGGUGCCGAGGUGACGGUGAAGAAGACAGCGACGGCGUCUAUCGGCUACUCCAAGAAGAUGGACAGCCACUCCUUGAAGGCGGUCGUCUCCAACCCGGUGGCGCCCGAGUUCGCGCCGACUCUCUCCAUCCAGGCGUGCCUCGGCAACUUGAUUCCGAAGACCAACGCCACGCUCUGCGCGCAAGUUGACAAGACGAUGAAGUACAAGUACGGCGUCCAGUUUUCGACGAAGCUCUGA